AUGUAUCUUGCUCAACACAAUCUGGCUUUUCGAGGCUCAUCUGACAAACUUUAUGCGAAAAAUAAUGGAAAUUUUCUUGGAUUAGUAGAGUUAUUUGGAAAGUUUGACGAUAUCAUGCGAGAACAUUUGAGGAGAAUUUCGAAGGAAGAAAUAAAAGACCAUUAUUGCGGAAAAAAUAUUCAAAAUGAAUUAAUAGAUCUUUUGGCAAAGAACAAUUGCUCCCACAUCAACGGGCGAAGGACUAACAAUCUUUUACUUAAAACUCUCGAGGAAAAUAAUAUAAGAAUUGAAGAUUUACGAGGUCAGGGUUAUGACAAUGGCUCUAACAUGAAGGGAAAAAACGUGGGUGUUCAAGCCAGGGUUCUUGAAUUGAAUCCUAGAGCAUCAUUUAAUCCAUCUUCAACGCAGAGAUGGGAUAUUCUAAAAAGUCAUGUAAAAAAUCUCACUGUUAAACCAUUGUGCACUGCUCGUUGGGAAAGAAGAUUGGACACCGUCAAGGCCAUCAGAUAUCAAGCAAAGGAAGUUUAUAAUGCGUUAAUGGAAAUAUAUAAUUCUGAUUCGAGAAAUCCCGCUGUACAACAUGAAGCAAAAUGCUUAGCUAAUGAACUCAUGCGUUUUGAAUUUCUUAUGUCUCUAGUCAUUUGGUAUGAUAUUUUGUUUCAAGCCAAUAUCGUCAGCAAGAGUUUGCAAAGUCAAAGCAUGGACAUUGCUGCUGCCACACAGUCGACAAAAAAAUUCACUGAAUUUCUUUCUGUCUACAGAAAUGUAGGUUUUGAAUCUGCUUUAAAAUCUGCUAAAGAAAUUGCUGUAAAUCUUGAUGCUGAUCCAUUCUUUGAUACUUCAACUCGCAGAAGAAAAAAAAAAAGGAUGAAACCAUCUCAAGAUUUUGCUAAAAACGAUGUCAUUUUGUUAUCUAAAUGCCAGGAGUUAAGCACCUUCCUCACUGUCGAAGCGGACUCGGAUAUCAACGGUCUGGAAUUAUAUGAAGAGUUAAAACAAUUUCAGUACAUAAAACCUGCAUUAAUCAAACGUCCUUUGGAAGUUCUUCGAUUCAUUGUAGAAAAUAAUGUAGUUGAUAUCUUUCCAAAUAUUUGGGUUUCGCUUCGCAUAUUGUUGACUUUGCCAGUAACUGUUGCUAGUGGAGAACAAAGUGAGUAUCGGCUACAAUCGGACAAAUCACAAUCAACAGGCUUACACGAACGAUUAUCUCCACAGGUGAGUAUUGACUUCAAUCGGACAAAUCACAAUCAACAGACUUACACUAACGAUUAUCUUCACAGUACCGACUUCAAACAAACAAAUGACAAACGACAGACUAACACGAACGAAUCCCUCCAAAGACAGAAAUACUAUGAAGAGGAUUUUACGUUAAAUGAGUUACCUGACUGUGGAUUGUCAGGAUUCAUUCACUUUUAA